UUUUAGAAAUGUAGGAUCUGUAGUUCGUUACAAUACGCGUACCUGUUUGGCAGACGCCCUUGCCCGGGUGACUCCCAUAGCAGGCUAUGAAACGUACAGUAGUUACCUGUGGGCUUUAGAAGGCUAAGAAUGAACGUGCCUUCACCGUGGACCUACUGCUGUACCUACACAUAAAUAAUGCUAAACUUUUAACAACUUUACGCAACAAUCACUACCGGUGCCGAUAAAGUGGCACACUUAACUUCGCUCGUGGGACAUCUUCGUUUGAUAUCUGUAUAUUAUGGUUCUAUUUAAAACGUGCAGAUAUUUGGUGCAAUACAUAUUUGUAAUAAUUAAGGAUGUGUCGAAGCUUAGUCUAAAAUAUAGUUCCAUACGGAAUGUGGAAAUAUAAGCAAAUUAAUCAUUGUGCCGAGGACUCCCCUACCAAGUACCACCAGACCCCCCUUUUGCCUUCAAGGAAUUCGGCAGUAAGCCUUAAUUUUAUUUGCGUUCCGUGUACGUCGCGUUUUAUUCCCAACUAUUGUUUUCAUUUUAGCCACUAGAUGACGACAGAUAGUCAUAAAAUUGUCUCACCACUUCCAACGACCUAAAAAAAAAAAAAAACUUCCAACGACCCGGGCAGGACUUCUGGGGACUACCAGACACCCAGGAAUGGCUUUCAAAAUGCUGGCUUGUGUACAGUUUUGUGUUGGUUUGCUGACACUGCUGCACCUAUCCAAGGCACGAGUUAUCCACAACAAUGAUGAAGUGUUUCUCCAGGAACAGGCUGCUGUCUCCUUUCUCUCCCGCUCCCUCCUCUACAACAGCUGGGACUUUGAGCUUGUGGUGCCUGGCAACCUGGAGAGGGAAUGUAAAGAGGAGGUGUGCUCUUAUGAAGAGGCACGGGAAAUCUUUGAGGACGACACAACAACGAAGCAGUUUUGGGAAACUUACGUCGAUAGUCAAGCGUCUGCCCCGCAUGUGGACGUGUCCGGCCUGGUGGCGGGGCUCCUGGCCCUGCUGGUGAUCGCCGCUCUCGCCACCGUGCUGGGCUGCUACUGCUACAGGGCCCGAGCCAAGCCUGGGACGGGAAGCCGCAGGGUUCCUGUGAGGACUCCUGCGGACAUGCCGCCCCCCCCGGAGGCGGUCCCCUUGUCUGGGAUAGGAGCGCCUGGACUGCCCUCCUACAACGAGGCCCUGCACAGCAGCGGCCAGCACGACGCACCCCCUCCCCCCUACUCUGGGGAAGAGACCACAGAACCAGAACCACCCAGCCCAGCUGAAGUGGAGUGAGGUGAAGAGGAAGAAUAAAAAGCAUAACACGAAGAAGAAUCAAGAGGCGGGAACUACAAAUGGGAUCACUGGACGAAACGGGGAGAACUGGGGGGAAGGACGGAGGUGGUGCUCGCGGAACUGUCACACUGUUACCAGUCAGUUUAUUCAUGCAGUGUUGUUACCAUAGCAUUCCAUGUUUACUCUCCUGUUCACCUAGCAUGUUUAUUCCAGGAAAUGGCUUACAGUGCCUUCAGUCACCACUGUAGUUCACACAUCGAGUGCAUUUUCAACUUCAUAUAACCUAUUUUUAAUGUGUACCUGUGUAUUUAUAUGUCUCUUUAAUAAAAUACUGUCAUUUUAAUACA